ACUUCUCGGAGCAAUCAGCAAAGAGACAUUCUUUUUUUUCAGUGAACCAAGUGUACUUAAUUCAUGCGAUAUUUAAAUAAUUUGAAAUAAUCCUAAAGUUGUUUAAAAUAAUUUUAAUGGCGUGGAAAAUAUUGGCACGUUGUUCAGUUGUGAUAUUAUUAUAUACGUAAACUGGCUGUAUAGGCGACAGUCUAAAUCAGUAAAAUUCAUUUGCUCAAAAAUUUAGCCCCCGGUUUCAUUAUUGUAACCUUGAACGCUGACGGCUACCAAUUAACUGUCAUACCAAAUACGAGCGGUGUAUCGAGUGCCAGAUUCUUAUUUCCGACACGAUUAGGAAAAAAGACAGUGGCGAACGCUGGCAGAGUUGAACUGGAUCUAACCUAAAAUGCGAGCAGUCGUAAAUGCCGAAGUAAUUGGAUUAUUUUCGUGUUACGUGUUUUGCUGGUGUUUUGGCCACGGUGUUGCUACUGGGGGUGCGUUAGACUCCGGCAAUAAUUACCAACCCGGUUCGACCGGGGCGUCUGGACCUAAAAUAACAGCAUUUACCUCUAGCCUCACUGAUGGAUUGGCCCAGGCUGUCGCACACGAAUCCAGUACAGAGACUUGUAACGAUGACUUAGCUUGUUUGACAAUGGCGUCUCACGACCGGUUAGGCCUCGAAGCAAUAAAGUCGCUUCACAGCCAGUUGGAUGACGACGCCAAUGGGAAUGUAGAUCUUUCCGAAUCAGAUGAUUUUUUGAGAGAAGAACUGCAGUACGAAGCUGGAUAUGAAAGAAGACAACGCGCGUUUCAUCAUAAUGACGACAUGCACAUUAGUGUUAGAGAAUUGUGGGAGGCCUGGCUACGUUCUGAGGUACACAACUGGACCAUAGAACAAACUUCAGAAUGGCUGACAUCAAACGUUGACCUUCCCCAAUACGUACCAACGUUUAUUCAGCAUCGCGUUACUGGUGCCACUUUGCCGAGGCUAGCUGUCAACAACAUGCACUACCUUAGCAAUGUUCUUGGAAUCAAAGAUCCCAUUCAUAAGCAAAAAAUCGCUUUAAAAGCUAUGGAUGUCGUUCUAUUUGGACCUCCAAAAGAUACUGGUCACAGUCUUAAAGAUCUGAUUCUCAUUACACUGUUAUUUGGGGCACUGAUUGGAUGUUGGUAUGCCUACCAACAAAAAAAAAGCUCUCAAAAGCAUCUUUUUAGAAUGAUGAAGGAUAUGGAGAGUUUGCAAAAGGCCGAAGUUGCUUUAGAAGAUCUUCAGAAAGAACUUGAGAGAGCAAGAUUAGAGCAGGAAAGUACUGCAACAGAGAAACAAAAUCUAGAAAAACGUUUACAAGACGAGACUAUGGGUCUCAACACAUCUUAUUCAGAUCUUGAGGUUACACAACUGAAAUCAGAAAUUGAGAUGCUGAAAAUGGAGUUACAGCGUACAGUUGGUGAACUGGAAGAUCGCUGUUGGUCUCCACCUGUUGGUCUUCAGCACUGGUUGCAAUUGACCCAUGAAAUAGAGAACAAAGCAUACACCAAAAAGAAACUAGCUGCAGAAAAACAAUUGCAGCAAGCACGUGAGGCAUGUGAAAAGUUGAGAAAGAAGAGGUCCAGUCUGGUCGGUGCAUUUGUUUCUACUCAUGGCAAAUCUAUCGAUGAAGUGGACAAAAGUAUUGUAGAUGCAAGGACAUCGUUGAACGAAGUUACCAUUGAGUUACAGGAGCGAGUUCACCGUUGGAAGCAAAUUGAACUCCUCUGUGGUUUUAACAUAAUCAAUAACAGUGGUUUACCUUACCUUGAAAAUAUUCUGUACAGAGGAGCACCAAACGGACGAGGUAUUGGAUUCAGAGGCCGCAUGAGUAGUCAAGAUGACUUGGACGAUGAUGUAAGCUCUGUAUAUUCACCAUCAACAUCAGGUGCUGCAGGUCGCAUUAUGUCUACAGGUAUGCUCGAGACUUUAACAUGGAAGGAAUCGUCAAUACCUCCAGACUCAUCUGGCAGUGAAACGGGAAAGGACACACCACCGGAAGCUGUACAUUUUAUCGUUGGGGAAGGAAACGAAGAACCCCGAAGAGUCCUCCCCAAAGAGAAAACCCGUACAUCGCACAUGGUGCGAUCUUACAGCCAGGAUACUAAUAUGGUCCUCAGCGAACCGACUACCUCAUCAUUCCUAUCCAAAACAUCAUUUUCUGACAAUUCAUUAGAUACAGCUGAGAAAUUGACCAGCCGUAUAAAUACUGUUAAAAAAUCACUAAAAGAUCUUCCUACUGUCAUGUCAGUUGAUGAUGAAACUUUAUCGACCGAUUCGAAUUCCACUGCUGAUAAUGACGAGCUCAAAAGAAGGCGCAGAAAGCUCCAUUUCCCAUUUAAGAAAAAUAAAUCUAAGCUCACAUGAUCCUCACUAGUCACCAUAAUGUUGCAUACUUAAAAUAUUUGGAAAAAACUUCACAUCUCAACUAGGAAUUAUUAUUUCAAGUUACGAUAUUUGGUUAAUUGGCUAGACACAUGUGUCUCAUCCCGUUUGCUGUAAUAAUUAAAUAGACAUACUCUGAUACACCGAAUUCUGUAACAUUUAACUUGAAUUUAUGUAGCUAGGUAUGGUAUCAAUACUGAUUGGAAAACAAUCAUAGUCUUUACGCCCACUCAAUGCUGAAAAAGGAAAAAGAAAUGACAAUUAAAAGUAUAAAAUUGUGAUGUAUUGCAAUAAGUUUUUCAUGGUAUAAUACGAUAACUUUGGAUAAGAAUUUUCUUUUUUGUUCACGUUAAUUACGGUAGUUUUGUGACUGUUGAAGAACGGUCCAAGCACAAAUUAUCUUCACACAUAUGUUGGAAUAUUGCAUCUCAACACAUCAAGUAUGAUGAUAUGACGAUCUAUGAACGUAACUUCUGGAAAGAAUGAAGUCCAAUGAUUUUAGGAAUUUAACAUUUUGUAUGAAUUACGUUUGAAAAGUAUUCGUUAAAUAAUGUUCCAAACUUUGACUUUUGUAAAUUAAAUAAUAUGGUGAAGAUAAUUCGACUCUGUGUUAUAGUCUAUUAUAAAAUUUG